GACAUUUUUAAAAGGAACUAAAGUUAUGGGUGUCGUGUGUGUGAUCCAAUAUUAUAAAACAUUAUAAGAUUUUCCUAGGAAAUCUUAGUUAGCCCCUUCUCUUUCCAUGUCCCUCCUGCAGGAUCUGGCCUUUGUCAUUUAAAUAUUGCCAAAACGCAAAGAAAUCAGACAGAAAGAGAUGGACAGGACUAUGGCAAGAAAUGCUCUAGCACUCUCCGUGAUAUUGGGUUUGGCUAGUUUGCUCGUAAUUCAAGUUUGUGGUGAUAAUUCAAGGGUGGGUCAGUUUUCUGCUGCUCAUUACUAUGAACAAAUGCGCCAAUUGCAAGCCUUCAAGGCUUCUCUUAUUGGUCGAGACUCGGUUUCAGGUUCAGCAAUCUCUCCCUCCCUAUCCUCUGCUCGGCAGCUACAGGCAGCAGCAUCGGUUCCACGUGUGUAUCAAGUAACAAAAUACGGAGCAGAUCCGACAGGGAAAGCAGACAGCACAGAAGCACUAAACAAGGCUAUAGCUGAUGCAUUUCGGAGUCCAGGUGAAGGGUCCUGGACCUUGAUGGACGGGAUCACUAAUCUUGGAGGGCCACAAAUUAAUCUUGAAGGUGGGAAUUACCUGAUCAGUAAACCACUGCGGCUGCCUUCUGCGGGUGCUGGCAAUUUUAUGAUCCAUGGAGGGACAUUACGAGCCUCAGAUGAUUUUCCAGCUGAUGGGUAUCUUAUUGAUUUGUCUGCACCAUCGGCGAGCAGUCAAGAAGGAAACGAAAGGAGCUCCUUGAAUUCACAGCUUGCCUCAUCAUCAUCCUAUAACUACGAGUACAUAACCCUCAAAGACCUGAUGUUGGACUCUAAUUAUAGGGGUGGAGGCAUUUCAGUUGUAAACUCACUGAGGACUAGCAUUGACAACUGCUACAUUGCCCGUUUCACCACCAACGGAAUUUUAGUCCAAGGUGGGCACGAGACCUAUAUCAGGAAUUCUUUCCUCGGCCAGCAUAUCACUGCCGGUGGGGAUGGAGGCGAAAGGAACUUUAGCGGCACUGCCAUUAACCUAAUGGGCAACGAUAAUGCUGUCACAGAUGUGGUGAUUUUUUCAGCUGCCGUAGGAAUAAUGGUCUCAGGUCAAGCCAACACCUUCUCCGGGGUGCAUUGUUACAACAAGGCAACAGGUUUAGGUGGCACUGGGAUUUACUUGAAGCUCCCUGGCCAGACACAAACCCGGAUAGUGAAUUCUUACAUGGAUUACACUGGCAUUGUGGCUGAAGACCCCGUCCAGCUUCACAUCUCUAGUAGCUUUUUCCUUGGCGAUGCAUUCGUUCUCUUGAAAUCAAUAAAUGGGGUAGCAAAUGGAGUAAACAUAGUGGAUAACAUGUUCAGUGGCUCCAACAAUGGGGUCCAAAUUGUCCAGCUAGACCAAUCAAAUGGGCCUUUCAAAGAAAUUGAUCAGGUCGUAGUUGACAGGAACAACGUCGAGGGGAUGAACCUCAAAGCAACGGUUGCAAGAGUGGCCGUUGAAGGGAAUGGCAGCUCCUGGACGGUUGAUUUUAAUCCUAUUCUUCUAUUUCCUAACCUGAUUAAGCAUGUGCAAUACUCAUUAACCACAAGCGGCAGCUCAUUUCCUAACCACGCCCUGCGUAAUGUGUCUGAAAACCGUGUUCUGAUUGAGUCAGAUGUGGCUGCACCAGCAAAUGUCUUCGUCACUGUGGAUCAAGGAGCAUCGAGCUUAAUUAGCAGCUGACCUUUAAAUUAUUUUUCUUGUCCAGAUUUUAUCUUGCUUGACAAUUGUGAAUACUGGGUGAAAGCUUGGUAUUUUUUACUCUGCCUCAGCACAUAGUUCGAACAAAUUCAUGAAGCUAAAUUUUCAACUACUGUUUUGGUGAAGUUUUGAUUUCAAAAUUCAGUAUAAUUGUUGAAAAAAUAAUAAUAAAUAAGUCACGGAUAUGAUAUAGA